GCUGACGUGCUGUCGCUGACUCAUUGUAAACAGCUAAGACAGAUGUGAGACCAAAAGUAAUCAUUGUAGGAAGUGGUAUUUCCUUGUGCUGUGGAUACCAAACGUCUAGGAGCGCCGCGUGCAUUCCUCUUAUUUGUACGUUGUACUGCUGAUUGAAUUUUAGCCGUUUUGUUGUGCGUGAAUAAGGGAAUGACACUCUUGUAUCGUUUUAGAAUAGGCGGCCUUACUGCUUGAAUGUGAAUUGAUCCCUAAGUUGUUGGCUGUUAUAUCGUGAUAUGACUGAGACAAGCCCGUUAGUGUCUCCUGUCAGGGACCAAGUGGACCAUCCCGCCGGUAACUUACCUAGUCCAGUUCUGCGGUUUCCAGGUGGUGUGACACGCCUACCUCCGUCGCCACCAGGUUCUCCUGGGCUGAACUGUGAACGGCAACCACUGUUGGAUAAUCGGCAACAGAGGGGUAAGGAUUCAGGUCACCUCAGUUGCAACGAUUUUCCUGAGGACCCCGAGUUCAGCGAGAUCGUACGCAAGGCUGAGCGUGCCAUUGAUAGGGGUGUAUUUCCUGAACGCAUCUAUCAAGGUUCAAGUGGUAGCUACUUCGUCAAGGACGAGCAUGGGAAAUGCAUUGGUGUCUUUAAACCUAAAAAUGAAGAACCAUAUGGACAGCUCAACCCCAAGUGGACCAAGUGGUUACAGAAGUUGUGUUGCCCUUGCUGUUUUGGACGUGACUGCCUUGUCCUAAAUCAGGGCUACCUGUCAGAAGCUGGAGCAAGUCUUGUGGACCAAAAGCUUGAUCUAAAUAUAGUACCAAAGACUAAGGUGGUGUCCUUAGCCAGUGAAACAUUCAACUACAGUGCACUUGACAGAGUAAAAUCCAGAGGGAAGAGGUUGGCAAUGGAGAAGGUUCCCAAAGUUGGGCAGAGAUUUCACAGGAUUGGAUUACCACCUAAAGUUGGUUCUUUCCAGUUGUUUGUCGAUGGUUACAAGGAUGCUGACUUUUGGCUGAGACGGUUUGAGGCAGAACCUUUACCUGAAAACACCAGUCGGCAGUUGCAGCUACAGUUUGAAAGACUUGUGGUGUUAGAUUAUAUAAUACGAAAUACAGAUCGAGGGAAUGAUAACUGGUUGGUAAAAUAUGACUGUCCCAUGGAUAACACCAGCACACGGGAUAUGGAUUGGGUAAUGGUGAGGGAACCUAUCAUUAAAAUCGCUGCAAUUGAUAAUGGACUGGCAUUUCCUCUAAAACACCCAGACUCCUGGAGGGCGUAUCCUUUUUACUGGGCAUGGUUGCCACUAGCAAAGGUUCAAUUUUCUCAGGAAAUCAAAGAUUUGAUUCUUCCAAAGAUUUCUGAUCCCAAUUUUGUAAAAGAUCUGGAAGAGGACCUUUAUGAGCUGUUUAAGAGAGAUCCAGGGUUUGACAGGGGGCAGUUUCAUAAGCAGAUUGCUGUCAUGAGAGGACAGAUACUGAACCUAACUCAAGCAAUGAAGGAUGCAAAGACACCUCUUCAGCUUGUCCAGAUGCCAUCAGUAACCGUAGAGACAGCCAGACAUCAACGAACCAGCAGUGAAUCCUACACUCAGAGUUUCCAGAGCAGGAAACCUUUCUUCACAUGGUGGUAGUUGUACACUGUCAAGCCAAGGAUACAGGACAGAUAUAAAAAGUGAACAGAUCAGUAUCUGUCAAAGGGCUACCCACUUUGGAACCAAACCAAGUGAGCCAGAUGAAUAGUGAUUGUUCCAUUUCAGGUUAAAAUACCAGAUGCUAACUUUGAUCCAGUUGGCAGUGCUUUGCACUCCUGGCAAAGAGGCAGUAUGCUGUAAAUGUCCCAGCAUGGCAUUCAUCUCAAACCUCAUCACUGUACUGUUUCCCUUUCACAGUUCUAUCCCCUACUAAAUCUGCUUGGAAGGAUUGGGUAGAGCAGAUGCCUUCUGGUAGUCUGAAGUUUGAAAGGAGCUAACUUCCAAAAGUAGAUGAAAUUCAUGGCUGAGGAUGGUACUACCUUGAGAACUGCUACAGCUAGCUCUGUCUUUGCUGCAUUGCCUGCUUAGUUUUGCGUGCUUCACAUCUGAGGAGAUGCAUGCACUAAGGAGCCAGUUCACUAUUGAUACCAUAUUAGUUAUACAAACUAAGUGACAUCAAAGAGGGGUUUCCCCUCUAGGUAGAACACUUACUGUAUGUGUACAUAUUCUGUAUUUAAUAAAUCAAGGACAAAUUUUCAGAAAAAUA